AUGCAUCUCCACCCUCUGCCCCUCCCCCUCUUCAUCCUCCUGGUUGCAGAGGCAACCGUGAUGUGCGUUGCCGUGACGACAGCGCUCCACGGCUUCCGAGGCUGCGCCGUGCGAGAGUUCUCCUUCGUGGCCCAGAAGCCCGGCUGCAAGGGCCUACGCAUCACCACGGAGGCCUGCUGGGGGCGCUGCCACACCUGGGAGAAACCCGUGCCGGAUCCCCCCUACAUCCAGCGACACCACCGCGUGUGCACGUACAGCCGCAGCCGCCACAUGACGGCGCGGCUGCCGGGCUGCCCGCCCAACGUCUCCCCUCUCUACCACUAUCCCAUGGCGCUGCACUGCCACUGUGCCAUCUGCUCCACACAGGACACAGAGUGUGAGACCUUCUGAGGCGCGUUCCGCUCACAACGUCAACGACUGUUUCACUGAUAUGACUUUCUAGACUUUGUGAGGGCCCGAUGUCUGCAGCAAGUUCCCACUUAAUGACAGGGAGAGUUUUUGAAAGAAGGAUACUUGAGGACUAAAGGCCUUGUGUGUAUCAAUACUCAACAUGUGGCUGUAUGUAAGAAAGGAGGAAUCAA